AUUUUAUUCCGGGGAGACACUUUUGGUUGUUGGUAUUUGUGAGAUUUUGAUUUUUGAAGAUGGGUGAAGAAGGACAAGUGAUUAGUUGUCACACCGUUGAUGCAUGGAAUCAACAUCUUCAAAAAGACAAGAACAAAUUGAUAGUUGUGGACUUUGCUGCUUCUUGGUGUGGACCUUGUCGGGUUAUUGCUCCCUUUGUAGCAGAAUUGGCUAAGAAAAUGCCACAUGUUACCUUUCUCAAAGUUGAUGUCGAUGAGUUGAAGGUAAUUGCAUCAGACUGGGGUGUUGAAGCAAUGCCAACCUUCUUGUUCAUAAAAGAUGGGAAGAGUGUGGGCAAAGUUGUUGGAGCAAAGAAAGAAGAACUUCAACAAACAAUCAUCAAACACUCUGGUAAUUCAAGUACUAGUGCAUGAUGAUGAUGAUGAUGAUGAUGCAUUGUGUUCAAAAAGAACCAAAAUUACUCUUCUUUUUUUCUCUUUCCAUUCAACUUAGCAUCUUAUUUUAGAAGAUGCAUAAACACUUAUUAUCAUCCUAUGUGUUUCUUUCAACUUCCAUUUGUUGAUUCAAAAUUCUAAUAGA